AUGGAUAAUUUUGAUAACCUGAGCGCGUCGGAAAAGGCAGAGGCGACCGAGCUGCAGCGCAUGAUCGCCAUAGAGCAGCAGAAAGCGCAGUUCCAAGCACAGGUGCACAGUUUCACGGACGUCUGCUGGGACAAGUGCGUGGACACUCCAGGCUCAAAGUUGGACUACAGAACUGAGACGUGUCUAGUGAGCUGUGUGGAGAGAUUCAUUGACACCACGUUGAACAUAACCAACCGAUUCACGCAGAUGGUUCAGAAAGGAACACAUUAA